UAUGGAACAGUAUCAACUGAUGAUAAUGAUUUAUUACAUUAUUAUUACAGUAUGGAACAGUAUCAACUGAUGAUAAUGAUUUAUUAUAUUAUAUUACAGUAUGGAACAGUAUCAACUGAUGAUAAUGAUUUAUUAUAUUAUAUUACAUAUGGAACAGUAUCAACUGAUGAUAAUGAUUUAUUACAUUAUUAUUACAGUAUGGAACAGUAUCAACUGAUGAUAAUGAUUUAUUAUAUUAUAUUACAGUAUGGAACAGUAUCAACUGAUGAUAAUGAUUUAUUAUAUUAUAUUACAUAUGGAACAGUAUCAACUGAUGAUAAUGAUCUAUUAUAUUAUUAUUACAGUAUGGAACAGUAUCAACUGAUGAUAAUGAUUUAUUAUAUUAUAUUACAGUAUGGAACAGUAUCAACUGAUGAUAAUGAUUUAUUAUAUUAUAUUACAUAUGGAACAGUUUCAACUGAUGAUAAUGAUUAUGAUCUCAAUGAUAGUGGUAACUGGAGAAGUUUAUUAAAAGGUAAAACAUAUCGUGAUCCUGAUAAACAGAGAAAGAAAGAAGAAAAGAAAUUGAAAGAUGAUGAAAGAAAGAAACAAAAAGAAGAG